AUGCGGGCUCGUCUGACUCGAGCUAGCGAAGUCCGGGCUGCUUGCUUGCUUACUUGCUCUCUUGCUUGCUUGUGGUGGUUUUGGCGAGCGUCGAUUGGGUCUACAGAAGAGCUAGGGGUGAGCUUGCACGUUACAUCACCGGUGCGGUUCUCCUCAGUUAAAAGUCACCCCCGCUUUGGCUCCUAUUGCAAAAACCGCCUUAGAAGCUUAAGGACCUCGCUGCUAAUGGAUUUGCACACCCCACGCAGACUUCUCUGUGAGACGCAGCUUUUGAAGACCCCUGCUCUAGAACAAAGGAUUAGUAUCACAUUUUACGUGAAUCUAAAAAAGUCUGCAAAUGAAACUCAUCGUCCUUUAAAAGAAGCCUAUGGGAAUGAAAUCAUGUCAAGGGCCAGGGUUUUUGAUUGGCACAAAAGGUGCCAGGAAAGAGCAGGAAGAUGUUCUAAUCUAGAUGAUGCCCGGAGCAGUUGUCCAGUUAACCACCCAGAUGAGGAUAUACAGGAGGUCAAGGAUUUAGUUUAUGUAAACAGGCAGCUCACUGUGAGGAGGAUGGCUGAAGAGUUAAGUUUAGAUAUAGAAACCUUCAGACUCAUUGUAAAAGAAAACUUGAACAGGAAGAAAGUUUCUGCAAGAGUAUCUGGUACUUUGAAGGAUGAGCCUCAAUCUGUAAAACUAGACUUACAGUGUGAUUUUUCUGUGGAAAUGGAAAAAAGUAAUCCUUGCUUAGGGAAAAAGGUAGCUAGUUCUGGGAACUGGAUGCUUCAGCAGUGUCAAGAAAGCAGGGAAAAGGCCUCUGCCUGGAUCCUAUCACAGGAUGCCCUGCCCUGGCAGCCACCUUCUGCAGGCCACAUCCUCAGCCAGCCUUCUACGAGAGCCAGCUCAAGAGUGGUUUCAGUCUUGAUGAGAUGGCUCAACCCAAGUUAG